UGGUCUCGUUGGUUACGAGUCUGGAGAGAUGAUAUACGCAUCUUUCAAUGAUGCUUUGAAGCAGUUCCGUGUCAAUGAACAGAAAGGACAGGUGCAAUUUAGAGAGAUAUUGAAAAAGGAGGCCGGUUCAUCAAAAAGAAAGGUAGACACAAUCGACUCCCUUGUUACGCGUGACCUAUUUCCGGACAAAGUGGAAAACGUUCAAGAAUUAGGAAGAAAGAUAUACUCUCCGUUACUAACUUAUACAGGAAACGACGAGACCCUGAGAACACGUAUGGAGAAUGCUAUAGAGGACUCUAAAGCUAGAUCCGGCGGGAUUGCGCCCCUUUGGGCCGCUUAUAACUCAAUUGAUAAAGACAAGGCGAUUGUACUUUGCGAUAGGAAAUUUCCAACAAGAGAUGCUGGGAAGCUAUUAUGGGUUGCACUGAAGAUGGAUAUAACUCUUAUUCAGCGGGGUGGAAAGCUCGUUGAACCGGAUGCUUCGCUCGUAGAGAGAAUGAAGGCUUUGAAGUCUUCUGCUAUACUUAGUAACAUCAGCUGCCAUCGGCGAGAGAACAUAACAUACUCCAAAUGCCCCAGCAUUUCGGGAAAAACCCACAUCAAGCCAUAUUUAGCAUGGCUUGCGUCCCGAACGAUGAACCUAUCAGAUGAUGAGAAGAUGAAUAUGACGAAAUCGAACGACCCAGCCGGCCUGAUGAAGUGCAUUAGCUUACUGAAAGGACGUCAGUCUAACGUGGGGAACAAAGGGAAGCAAAAAGAUGCUCUCCUGUCAAAAUUGCGAUCUAAGAUGGAAGCUGGUCAAGCUCUUAGUGCAAACAAGUUUCAAAAGCAAGCAUGGCAUUGCUUGAUAUCGGAGGAUGACACUCCCAAAAGAGAGAAUAUGAUGUCCGCCCUUGCCCACUCAUACGGAGUGGUCAAACCAAUGAUGAAGGUCUCAUAUCAAGCCCCUAUAGCUGCACAGAGAAUGGCCGUCAUUGACGACUGGAAAAUGGAAGUGCGGUGUUUUGUCGAACAUGGACAAUACUUGCUAACGCGUGCUAGAGAGAUCCCACUGAUCCAUCUUUUUGAUGCUUCUUCAGAGGAUUUAGGUGUCCUAGAGUAUCUUACCAAUGAGACCUUCCGCACUAGAGGGGAGAUACCAAAUCAAAAGUGGGCAAAUCCCACUUGGGACACUCUAAUAUUGCCAAAGAAAAUGGCACCACCUGCUAAGGGGCCAGCAACUGAGAGUUCAGCCGGUCAGAUCGUUAUUAUUAAUCCUGUCAUAGGUAUUAAGAGAAAGUGUUCAGAUAGGGUAGAUAAGGCCUCAUUUGUUGGUGUUGGAAUCAAUCCUGAUUACCAGGAGGUUAUGGAAGGUCUUGCCCUACUACACCAGGAGGUUGGAUUAUAUGAGCAUAUGGAGAUGACAACAAUCUACGGGAUAGAUGGGAACGAGCUGGAAACAACAGCAGAUUUAACGGAGAAAACGAGAGGAAGACAUUUCUUCUCUAAGAAAGACUUUUAGUUGCGUGGUGGACACACCAAGGACAGUAAAUGCAUAGAUUCUACUAGUCGUAGACGUUGUAUAUCGAAAAAAAAAAAAAAAAAAAAAAAAAAA